AUGGAACUUGUUUCUCAAAGUUUUCUUCUUAAUCCACAAACGUCACAAAGACGUGCAGCGCGUGAACUUGAUAUCCCACGUUCAAGAGUUAUUCAAUGGGUUAAACGUUGUUUACCAAUAAAUGUUGCGAUUUUUUCACAUGACAUUUCAACACAUACAUCAUCAAAUCUUCCAUAUUACUUCCUCGUAAAACAUUGGCUUCAUGUAUCCAAAUGGAUACAUCCAGCUGUAAAGGGUUAUUUAAUAAAUCAAAUUUUAAAUGAUAAAUCAUCAAUUGAACAUAAAAAAGAUGAAAAAGUUUUACGUGUAGAAGAUUCUUUAAAAGAUUUAUCAUCAAUUAAACGGCAAAGUGAACAUAAUGAAAAACGUUUAUGGCCACAUGGUCAAUGGCCUGAACAUGAUUUAGUUAAUUAUCCUCCAUAUAAACUUCAUGAAGGACUAAGUCCAGUUCGAUGA